AAUCCAGAUUUUCAUUCUCAUUUAUUUAUUAGGCUUCAAAAUAAUUGAAUUUUAAUUUGUUAAAUUUCUCUGUUUCUCCAUUUCGAGAUCCAUCCAAUGGCUGCAAACAACGCCGUUCCAUCCGCUUUUGAGCGAGAGCAGAUUAUUGGGAUGAUGGAGAAGGAGAUGGAAUAUAGGGUGGAUAUGUUUAACAAGCUUACCCACACGUGUUUCAGCAAAUGCGUCGAGCACAAGUACAAGGAAUCUGAGUUGAACAUGGGUGAAAACAGUUGCAUUGACCGUUGUGUUUCAAAGUAUUGGCAGGUGACUAACUUAGUCGGCCAACUUCUGGGAAACAACCGACCUCCGAUGUAACUUUUGCUAUAUUGACUUUGAAAUGAGUAUACAUGGAUUAUGUUGUAUUGGGCUUAACAAGCUCAUUUUUUUAGCAAAUAAAAAAUUGAAGCUCGACGGGUAUUAUUUGCAUACUUGUAAGUCGCAUAGGAAUAUCUUUUUCAAUGUAGUACUAUUUAUUAUCUUAUCGACUAUUUUCGAGAGUAUUUAAAGAGCUUUUUCUUAUAUU